AUGUCGAGCGACGAUAGCAAACCUUACAUGGACGUGCUCACAAAUGUCUCGAGCGAAGUCCGGCGAUACUCGGGUGAGAUUGCACAGUAUGUCGACAGCAACUUCGACAGAGCUGCCGACAUGCUGCGUGAGCAGCUGGCGUCCGCCCCGUGGAUUCCUGAACAGGUCAAGAUCUACCUGCCGAAGCCGCGGAGCUCCACCACCAUGGAGCUUGCCUCGAAAGCCGACAUGAGCUUCUACGAGCGUGUCCAGGACUGGCUGGUGCGCCACAAGAUCCUGGCGACCGUCGCCGUGCUGUUCGCCGGCACAUUGUCUUACCGAGCUGUGCGGCGAUCAAUAUCGGCAAGGAAAUACCGGCGGGCGAAGCGGGCCAAGAACGGUGCUCGGUGUGAGGUGGUGGUCAUUGCUGCAUCACCUGCGUUGCCUGUGACGCAGUCGCUUGCCCUCGAUAUGGAGCGUCGGGGCUAUAUGGUGUACAUUGUGUGCGGCUCUGCCGAAGACGAACAGGCCGUCCGCCAUAUGUCGCGGCCCGACAUCAAGCCGCUGUCGAUUGAUAUUACCGACACUGCAGCCGCCAGCGCUGCCCUCGAGCGCUUCGCGCUCUACCUCCAUGCACCCCAUGCCGCGGUCCCCGGUGCGAAGCGCAGCCACCUUCAGCUCACCGGCAUUAUCCUCAUUCCCUCGCUCAACUACCAGACCUCGCCCAUCGCCACAAUCCCGCCCGCCAACUUCGCCGACCUCUUCAACACGCACCUCCUUCACCCGAUUCUCUCAAUUCAAGCAUUCCUGCCUCUCCUAACGGCACGCACGGCCUUGCAGCCCGGCGACAAGCCGCCGUCGAUCCUGGCCGCCGCUUCUGGCCUCUCAUUAGCCAAGAUACGCCAAAAGGCCAGCGCGAGUGCGUCUCAGGAAAAGAAGGAGAAGACGCCGACGCCGCCCAAGGUGCUUGUCUUUACACCUUCCAUCAUUUCCUCUGUCAACCCGCCGUUCCACGCGCCCGAGUCCACUGUCUGUUCGGCCCUGACGGCCUUCACGGAAGUACUUGCCGCCGAGCUGCGGCCGCUGGCCAUCCCCGUGACACACAUCCAGCUCGGCACCUUUGAUUUCACCGGGUUUGCACCUGCACGGAGCGUUACAGCACACCGUUCGAUAUCCGGUCGCAUGCCGCUGCCCGCUGCCGAGACGCUGUCUUGGUCGGAACCGGCACGGCACGUCUAUGGCCGUAACUUUACGGCACAGAGCACGUCGGCGCUCGGCAGUGGCCGCGCGAUCCGUGGUGUGCGCGGUACGUCGAUGCACGACCUGCAUCAUGCCGUGUUUGACGUACUGGACGGGUCCAACACGAACGCGAUUGUGCGGGUUGGCCUCGGAGCGGACUUGUACGGCUUCGUAGGCAGCUUUGUGCCGCGGGGCCUGGUGGCGUGGAUGAUGGGCGUGCGCAAGGUGGAGGACCUGAGCGCCUGGUACCAGGCGCCGAUUCCGCCGACUGCAACGUCGUCGGUGGUGUCCAACAACAGCGACAGCCCGUCGCCCGGCCGCCGCAGCAAGCGAGGGGGGGCCAAUGGUGUGAUUGCUGUGGGCUCGGAGGUGGGCGACUCACACAUCUGGCAGUAA